CUAGUGUAUAACAUAUAAACAUACUCGCAUGGUUUUAUUUUUCUAUCGAAAACCAAUGAAAACUUCAAGUUUUUCUUCAUUUAUGAGUGAAAAACUAUUGUAACAUAUUAAGUCGUUGUGCUACAGUAUAGUAAUGAUAUUUAUAAAAUGCUGACGCCAAAGUUCAAGUUGUCACAAGAUGAAAAUCACGUAUACAUCAAUGUGCAUGCGCCCUACACGAAUAUCGGCGAAACAGAAAUCGAUGUGGACGGGGAAAAUUUCUUGUUCGUGUCAAGUCCUUACUUCCUUCGGCUACGCCUUCCGGGAAAGAUUGUUGAGAAUGAUCAUGCUAAAGGCUCCUACAUUUGUGAUUCAGGCGACUUUAACCUUACCUUUGAUAAAGUAAAUCCUGGUGAGCACUUUGAAAAUCUUGAUAUGAUCACAAGCUUACUAGCUCCGCGAGAAAUACCAGAUAUGAAUCCUAAUUUGGUGGAAAUGUUGGAAGAAAGUGGUAUCACUGGUGAAGAGGAGGGUGCGGCUUGCAAUCAGAGUGAUAAAGACACAGAGAGUGAUGAUGAUACUACUAAUUAUGCUUACGGCUUUGGUAACAAGGUCUGUGUGGAGUUUGGGGAUGUCGCGUCCGAAUUUCCACACAUCUUCGAAUUGAAAGAGCCCGAUCGUGUAGCAAUCGCGGAUCGGAAUGAUCUCCGUAUAAAACAUGAAAAUCGUAAAUUUUCCAAUGAUCAUUACUUAGCUGAUUUCUUCGACGAGGAACUUCUGGCACCAUAUAUCAAUUGCGUAGUGUUCUGGAAUAAAGAGGAUUUCAACAAUGAAAGUAUUGAGUUCACAGAUGAUGAAAUUUCACUAUUAAAAGAUUUGCCAAAUAAGAGUUACCUGUUGAGUAAGAGUGAAUACACGCAAGUGAUGCUCGGUCUUGUUGAUAUCUUGUAUGCCUUCUGUUAUGACAAGCGUACAACCCAAAACGAUGCAUCGGUAGAAUCCAGUUGGACUAUCAACAAGCUAUCUGCAACCUUCAGCUGGUUCUGUGUAUUUAAAGAAACUAAGGAGGUUUUGAUUGCAUGUUACCGAAGAGCUCUAGUCUAUCCGAUAUUCAGAAAUUUUGAUCUAUGCAGAAAUAUCCAUGAUGACAUGAUAUCGUUAUUCAGAAAAGGCAAAAAGUUUGUCAUAAAAUGCAUUAUAGAAAUCUAUAACAUGUUCAACUCAUCGAAUGAUGCUCGGUACAUAUUAAACCAACUAUAUGUAAAAGACUACUUGAUUUUCCUGCAGAAGUGUAGACAGGAGGAGUUGGAUGAGCUGUGUAAUAACAUAGCCAAUAUUGAUAUAGAGAAAAAAGAUCUCGGAUUAGAGCUUGAUGAAUUAGAAGCUGCUGCAAAAUUAGUAGAGAGGGAAGAGGCCGAUGUUUUGCAAAAUGAAUUGGCAUGCCAGCUGGCUUCUAUCGCACUGGUACCAGGUUUAAAGAAGCCACCAUACAUUGAUGUCACUAACAUAGGUGAUAGUUCUUCAUCUGAUUCCAGUAGCGACAGUUCUUCCAGUGAUUCAUCAAGUGAAUCACUUGAUUCUGAUGAUGACCCCUCCUGAUAUAAUAGUUUCCAGGGUCUAAGUGGCCAAGGCUUGUAAAGUCUUACCAAUUGACCCUGGAAUGUUUGGAAAGGCUGAAAUGAAUUUACAGGAAUUGGAUUUCGAUCCGUUAGUCAAGACUUUGAGUGGAUGUUUCCGGAAUAAAUGUGGAUACUGAAUACAGUGUAAAAAAGUUUAAUACAAGGCUUAUUCUCCUAUGUAUAACCCAUCCAUUGCAAUGUUAGAUUGAAAAAAAACAUGUUUCAAACA